AUCCCACUAUUUAUUAACUUGAUCUGUACAAGAUCAUGAGUUCAAGUAAGAAGCUAAUUACUUGUUUGUCUAUAAUUUUAGUUGUGGUUUUGUUAUGCACUCAAAGUGUGCAUUCUCAGCUUCAAGUUGGGUUUUAUAUGAAUUCAUGUAUGUUGGCUGAAUUCAUAGUUAAAGAUGAGGUCAGGAAAGCUUUCAUUAAGGAUAAGGGAGUGGCGGCUGGUCUUGUUAGACUACACUUUCAUGACUGCUUUGUUAGAGGUUGUGAAGCAUCAGUGCUCAUUGAUUCCACUGCAUCAAGCACAGCAGAGAAAGAUUCUCCUGCAAAUAACCCCAGCCUACGAGGGUUUGAAGUCAUUGAUAAUGCCAAGGCUAAACUUGAAGCCAUUUGUAAGGGGGUUGUUUCGUGUGCUGAUAUAGUUGCCUUUGCAGCAAGAGAUAGCAUAGAAUUAACUGGAGGAGUCAGAUAUUAUGUUCCUGCAGGAAGAAGAGAUGGCAGAAUCUCACUAGCUUCAGAGACAUUGACAAACUUACCUCCCCCUACACUCAAUGUCGACCAACUCACUCAAUCCUUUGCAAACAAGGGUUUCACACAAGAAGAGAUGGUCACCCUUUCCGGAGCACACACCAUUGGCCGAUCUCAUUGUACUUCAUUUAGCAACAGAUUGUAUAAUUUCAAUGGAACAACAAGUCAGGAUCCAAGUUUAGAUCCCAUGUACGCAGCUAGGUUGAAGGAGCAGUGUCCACAAGGCAGCACAGACCCUAACCUAGUGGUUCCAAUGAACCCUUCUAGCCCUGCUGUAACCGAUGUGGGUUACUACAUUGACAUCCUGGCUAACCGAGGGUUGUUCACAUCAGACCAAACACUUCUGAGAAGCCCAGAAACAGCUAACCAAGUGAAUCAAAAUGCAAGGAACCCCAUGCUUUGGAGGUUCAAAUUUGCUGCUGCAAUGUUGAAGAUGGGUCAACUUGGCGUGCUAACUGGUAAUGCUGGUGAGAUACGUACGAAUUGCAGGGUGAUAAAUAGCUAGAUCGAGGAAUAUUGUACUGAUCUUCAAGCUAAAAGCCAGCUACGUGCUUACUAUAUAUGCUUGUAUUCUUCCUACUACAAAUAUUUAAGCUAAUGAAGCAUGCUUUCAGGUCACUCUACUUACAUUGGAUUUUUUUUUUAUCGGUAAUUACAUUGGCCACUCUAUUUAUAUAUUCGUUGCAAUAGAUGAUCCGUCCGUUCAUUUGCUGAUCCACAAUUGGUUCCCUCCGUUUAUUUGCUAAAUAAUACAUAUCCAGAAGUCCAUUUCCGUAAGCUACACCUUUUGGAUAAUCAAAACACACAUUUUUCUUUCCAAUGCAAAUCAAAUCCACGAGUCAAAUGUCAAUGCGACAAUGGCCUUCCAAGUUAGUAAUAAUUCAAUGACCUUCCUACUCGAAACCCAUGAUCAUUUGAGGAGAUCUCGACACACUUUAGGCAUGAACUUUCUUCUUUAUGGACAGUUACAAAUGUGAAUCAAACCCAUGUUUGAAUAGAAAUUGACAUGUUUUCUGAUAUAGUCAUUCUAAACUUCUUGUUGCCAGAAUUCUUCCUUCUAGACAGAUCCUUGAAGCUAAACAACACGAACUUUGUCCUAGCAUGCAUAUCAAGGGUUUUUCUCGGCCAUUCAAGUUCUACCUACUUUACUAGUUGAUUUUUGGACUUAAUCCAAAAAUAAACUGCCUCCAACACAAUACUAAAGACACAGCUCAUAAAUUCAAAAGCCAAGUAAUCUCAAGAACUUAAUUCUUGGAGAUAUAAUGCAAGUAUU